AUGCCUGGCCGUACUGCAGAACCCACAAACCGCUUCGAGGCACUCGUACAGUCACUGAGCGACAGGCUUGGUCCGUGCAGUGGCAUCAAUAGUGACGAUGUCGACGAGGAUGAACUUCAGCAGCUGAUGGCAGACUACGUCUCGGAUGAGUCGGAGUGGGAAAAAUACUCCAUGGCACAGCCAGGCACAGCCUACACGCGCAACUUGGUUGACAAGGGCAAUGGUAAAUGCAACUUGCUUCUGUUAGUGUGGGCACCCAACCGGGGUAGCCCCAUCCACGACCAUGCCAAUGCCCACUGCAUCAUGAAGAUCCUCAAAGGCAGUCUUACUGAGACUCGCUACGCAUGGCCCACCAUCGACCUCAACAACUCUGAAGACCGCCAUAUGCAGUUGAUCUCCGAUAAGACAUACCAGACCGACCAAGUCACAUACAUGUCUGACAAACUCGGUCUCCACCGCAUUGCAAACCCUGACAAAGACAACUACGCUGUCUCACUGCACUUGUACACACCACCCAACGCAGCAGUAUAUGGCUGUAACGUUUUCAACGAAGCAAACGGUCACUCGACCCACAUGGCCAAAUGUACCGUGUUCUCCGAGUAUGGAGUGCCCUGUAUGCGCGCAGUGCGCUCUUGA